GCUGCCCAAAACCCUGACUGACAUGUACUCACACUUCCUGCUGGUUCAGACAAAGAGGAAGAAGAACAAGUACCAUGAGGGACAUGAGACGAGUCCACAUGAGAUGAGUCCACAGGAGCUGGCGAAGGUUGACAGGGAAGUUCUUCUGAAGCUGGGGAGGCUGGCGUUUGAACAUCUGGAGAAAGGAAACAUCAUGUUCUACCAAGAAGACCUGAAGCAGUGUGGUCUGGAUGUGACAGAGGCCUCGGUGUACUCAGGAGUUUGUACAGAGAUCUUCAAAAGAGAGUGUGUGAUCUUCCAGAAACCAGUCUACUGCUUUGUUCAUCUGAGCAUUCAGGAGUUUCUGGCUGCAGUCUACAUGUUCCACUGUUUCACCAACAGGAGGACAGAGGUGCUGGAGGCCUUCCUGGCAGAGUUUUGUACAUACUCUAAUUCUGACUCUGAUUUUGACUAUGAUGAUGAUUCUAAUUUGCUUCUAGAUCAGCUUCCCCACAUUAAACCAUCUCUGCAUAAAUCCUCUGUGGAUGGGUUUCUAAAGAUAGUCAUGGAGAAAUCCAUCAAGAGUAAAAAUGGCCACUUGGACCUGUUUGUUCGUUUCCUUCAUGGCCUCUGUCUGGAGUCCAACCAGAGACUCUUUGGAGGUCUGCUGGGUCAGAUAGAGAACAGUCCAGCAACCAUCCAGAGAGUCAUCAACAACCUGAAGAAGAUGAACAGUGAUAAAAUCUCUCCUGACAGAAGCAUCAACAUCUUCCACUGUCUGAUGGAGAUGAACGACCUUUCAUUAUUUCAGGAGAUCCAAGAGUUCCUGAAGUCUGAGAACAGAUCAGAGAAGAAACUCUCUGAGAUCCAGUGCUCAGCUCUGGCCUUCAUGCUGCAGAUGUCAGAGAAGGUUCUGGAUGAGUUUGACCUGCAGAAGUACUACACAUCAGAGCGGGGACGACUGAGACUGAUUCCAGCUGUGAGGAACUGCAGAAAGGCUCGUGGGACAAACUGAGUGAGAAGACACUGCUGACAUCUGGACUGAACAUGUGUCAAAU